AGGACUCAUCUCCUGCUGUAUCCACAGUUCAUCUGGAGAGAUGACAAAGCUUGCGUUUAUUUAAAGAGCGUGAAGCACAUGCACUUCCCAAACUUGUUGCCCACUCGACGCCACGGCUAUGUCAAUGUUCUAAGCCAUUAUACACGACUCCCUUCUGCAAGUUUGCAACGUUGACAUACCAAAAAAAGCCUAUACAGUGUCUGUGUUUGGUGGCGACGGUUAAAGAAUCUGCAUAAAGUAAAGGGCUUCCAUGUUGAUUGCAAAUUGUGGGAAAGCUAAUCAGAUAUAGUUUUCUUGCUCCAUUUCCGACUGAUCUUUGAUGUCUCUCUUUCUCUCCAUCCAAAGACGCAAGCAUUUGAGAGACAGUAUGAGUAAUUCAACUCCAUUCUUUGUUCUGUUUUGUCUUCUGUUUGCUCUUGCACAAGCGGAGGCCAGGACCAACGUUCAUAUAGUUUAUCUGGGAGAGAGGCAACACAACGACCCCGAGCUUGUCAGGGAUUCCCAUCAUGACAUGCUGGCCAGCAUAGUUGGGAGCAAGGAAGUGGCUUCAGAAUUGAUGGUGUACAGUUACAAACAUGGCUUCUCUGGGUUUGCAGCCAAGCUUACAGAGUCUCAGGCACAGAGAAUUGCUGAGUUGCCUGGUGUGCUUCGAGUCAUCCCCAAUUCCCUUCACCAGCUACAAACAACGAGGAGCUGGGAUUACCUUGGCCUCUCUUUUCAAUCUCCUAAAAAUAUUCUUCACAGCAGCAAUAUGGGGGAUGGAGUAAUCAUUGGUGUCCUAGAUACAGGAAUAUGGCCGGAGUCUAAAUCUUUCAAUGAUGAAGGGUUUGGACCGAUCCCAUCUCAGUGGAAGGGUGUUUGUGAAUCAGGGCAGCAAUUCAAUAGCACAAUGCACUGUAACAGAAAAGUCAUUGGAGCCCGUUGGUUUGUCGAUGGAUUUCUUGCUGAGUAUGGACAGCCAUUAAACACAUCUGGAAACCAAGAAUUCUUGUCUCCAAGAGAUGCAAAUGGACAUGGCACACACACAUCCAGCACUGCAGGUGGUUCUUUUGUCGGUAAUGUGAGCUACAAGGGCCUUGCUUUAGGGACCGUAAGAGGUGGGGCACCCCAUGCCCGGUUGGCUAUUUAUAAGGUGUGCUGGAAUGUUCUUGGAGGACAAUGCUCAUCUGCAGAUAUACUGAAAGCCUUUGAUGAAGCUAUAAAUGAUGGGGUCCAUGUGUUAUCCCUGUCAAUUGGGUCUUCUAUUCCUCUAUUCUCAGAUAUUGAUGAACGUGAUGGGAUUGCCACUGGUUCCUUCCAUGCAGUGGCUAAGGGCAUCACUGUUGUUUGUGGAGCUUCAAAUGAUGGACCUCAAGCUCAGACAGUACAGAACACAGCACCAUGGAUAUUAACUGUUGCAGCUAGCACCAUGGAUAGAGCAUUUCCUACACCCAUCACACUUGGAAACAAUAAAACCUUGCUGGGUCAAGCCUUGUUUACAGGAAAGGAGACUGGUUUCUCAGGCUUGGUAUAUCCAGACGUCUCAGGGCUUGCCCCAAACUCUGCAGGUCAGUGCGAAGCACUCUCACUUGAUCAAACUUCAGUUGCUGGAAAAGUGGUGCUCUGCUUCACUUCAACGGUUAGGAGGGCCACUAUAAUAAGUGCUUCAUCAGAUGUGCAAGCAGCAGGUGGCGUUGGGGUGAUCAUUGCCAAGAAUCCCGGUGAUAACUUGGCUGCAUGCAGCAAUGAUUUUCCAUGUGUUGAAGUUGACUAUGAGAUUGGAACCAGAAUACUCUAUUACAUCCGGUCUACCAGGCUUCCUGUAGUAAAUCUCAGCCCUUCUAAAACAUUUGUGGGGGAGGCUGUUUUGGCCAAGGUUGCCUAUUUCUCAUCUAGAGGGCCUAACUCCAUUGCCCCUGCAAUUCUUAAGCCAGAUAUAACGGCCCCUGGUGUGAAUAUAUUAGCUGCCACUGGUCCCCUCAAUCGAGUGAUGGAUGGUGGCUAUGCCAUGCUUUCAGGAACAUCAAUGGCAACUCCUCAUGUCUCUGGCGUUGUGGCACUCCUCAAAGCAUUGCACCCUGAUUGGUCCCCUGCAGCUAUUAAGUCAGCACUAGUCACAACUGCAUGGAGGAAUGGUCCAUCUGGCCUUCCAAUCUUUGCCGAGGGGUUCCCUAAAAAGCUUGCUGAUCCAUUUGAUUUUGGAGGUGGCAUAGUAAACCCAAAUGGUGCAACAGACCCAGGUUUGGUAUAUGACAUGGGUGCAACCGAACACGUACAUUAUCUUUGUGCUGUGGGCUACAACAACUCUGCCAUCUCUCAGCUUACAGGGCAAUCCAUAGUCUGCCCCAGUGAAAGGCCUUCCAUUCUGGAUGUAAACCUACCCUCCAUAACCAUACCAAACCUCAGAAAUUCCACCACCCUCACCAGAACUGUCACAAAUGUAGGUGCCCCUGAAUCCAUCUAUAGAGUAGUGAUUCAGCCUCCUAUUGGUGUAGUCAUAACAUUAAACCCUGAUGUCUUGGUCUUCAACUCUAUGACCAAAUCAAUCACUUUCAAGGUUACAGUCUCCUCGACCCAUCACGUGAAUACAGGAUACUAUUUUGGGAGCCUAACUUGGACUGAUGGAGUUCAUGAAGUGAGAAGUCCCCUGUCUGUGAGAACAGAGAUCAUCCAAUCAUAUGUUGAUGACAAUUAAAAAAUGAUCAGUUUCUUUGUCCCAUAUUUUCAUUUUAUAUUUUAGCUCUUUACAGUAUUGAAUUCUAAAUGAUAAGGAGAACCUUAAUUUCCAGACAAAAACCUUCUUCUUACCAUCUUUUAA